AAUUCGCGACGAUUUAGCUUCCUGUCCGACAAGUCUCGCAAGAAUAGCAUCGCCAACAAGAUCGACCUGCACGAAACGCACGCUGAAAAGGAUUCUAGACGCCUCCACAGCAAGGCCGAUCCCACGUUGGCCAUGAACGAGGCGGAGCCAUCUGUCGAAGCUGUGAUGACAGCGUCAUCACUGUCUUCUCUGCGCGCCAUGCAACACAAGGACUCCUAUGGGAACGUGAUAGCCGACCCUGAUUUGUCCAAUCCCACCCGCAGUCGCUGGGAGCGACCUCUCGACACCAUCCGAAGCUUCGAGGCGGCAAUUGAAGGUGACUAUGCGCGCAGGUCCAUGCAUCGUUCAGAGACGGACCCUUCUGCGAAUUACAGCCGUCGAAACAGCUACUAUAGAGCAAAUCAACCACGAUUUCCCCAAGAUAGCUACUACGGCAGCCGUGCGGCCUCUUUUCGAGGAGAGGAAAGCCAAUACGGAGGGCCACCACCUGCCUCGACGAGGAACAGCUACUACGACAACCAGCAUUAUAGCAACAACAAUGGCGGUUACUAUACCACGAGUGCAGGCCCUAGCAACUACGGGCGACGCCCAUCGCGAGAGCAGACAUCAAGGAUGGCUUCUGAACCCCAUCUCCGAACUUACGGCCGAGAGCAAAACGUCUAUCCUUUGCCUCACAAGGAUCGCUCUUAUGAGACAGUGACGUCCGCGGCCGCCAGUGGAAAUUCCGACCCUGCAGGCUACCAAACCGACCCUACUAGCAGUGAUAACAGCUCGAUUCAUCGAACCUCUCCAGCUAAGCACGUGAACGACUAUGGUAUCGCUUUCAGCCAGUCUCAGUCUUACAAGGCUCCAGCCUUGACAGUGAACCUUUCUCCCCCUGGAAACGGUAAACUGCCGACUCCGCCAACCGCGAGCUACCAAAAUCCUCUCCCGGCGAUCCCUAGAAAGGAGGCUGCGAUGCUUAAGAGACAGGUCUCUACAACGCCAUCGGGAGGGGAGAAGCGAAAGAGCUGGUUUUCUCGCCGGUUUAGCAAAAAUUCCUAA